AUGUACACUGUGAACACAACCUCUGGUGUAGUGAAAGGUCUGACUAUCGAUGUGUUGAACACAAGUGUUGACCAGUUUUUGGCCAUACCUUAUGCCGAACCCCCGGUAGGGGUACUCAGGUUUGCCAAACCGGUGCCACUCAGACAUCCCAUUCAAGACAUAAUAGACGGCACAGAGACUGGAAACUCGUGUUACCAAAAUGUUCCCGACUAUAUGAAGGAUUUUGUCGGCAAUUUAACCCUAAGUGAAGACUGUUUGGUAUUAAACGUAUGGACACCACAUGUGAACAAGAAUUCAGUAUUGAAAGCCCCCUUAAAACCGGUCAUGUUUUAUAUACACGGAGGGGCUCUCAUAUUGGGCUCAUCUUUUCAGGAGAUAUACAACGGCACAGCUCUGGCCACUAAUGAUGUUGUGGUUGUGUCCAUCAAUUAUAGGUUAGCAAAUUUUGGUUUCCUAUACGGGGAUCGGGAGGACGCGCCCGGAAAUAUGGGCUUUUAUGACCAGUUGCUGGCUCUGAAAUGGGUUAGAGAAAACAUCCAUAAGUUUGGCGGAAAUAGGGAUCAGAUCACUAUAUUUGGUGAGAGCGCCGGCAGUUGGUCCGUAUCCGUACAGCUAUUGUCUCCGCUAUCCAACGGGCUAUUCAAGAGAGCUAUUAUGGAGAGCGGCGCCCAUAUGUUCAAUAAGGAUAGGGAUAUAAAGACAGCGCCGGAAGCGUUAACUCAAGCUAAACAAUUGGCCGUACAUUUCAAUUGUAGUCAAACACCGAUUGAAUGGUUAGAGUGUUUAAAACAAUUAGACGCCGAAGAGCUAAAUAGUGCCCCAAUGGGCGCAGGGUCCAUUGUCGCCACACUCGGCACUAAAUACCUUCCGGUGUCCGCACACCAGGCCUUCCAGUCCAAGAAGUUUAAUAAAGACCUGGAACUGUUGGCCGGUGUGUCCCAACACGAGGGGUCGACUAUAGUAUCGGCACUCAUUCCGGUUUUGCCCAAAAAUAUAAGCGAAAAGGAGUUUCACGAUUACGCGCAGGGAUUUGACUCAUUAUUUCAUAACCUAAACGCCGACAAUAUUACCACGUUUUACAUGUCGUCCAUCAAUAAGUCGGAUCCCGAAGCAGUCAAAUGGCAAUUGUAUGACCUCUUCGGCGAUCUUAUGAUUACAUGUCCGACACAUCAGUUUGCGGUCAAUUAUGGCCAACAGUCGGCCGAAAGUAAUGUAUAUUUUUAUGAACUUACAUAUCAUAGGACGCCAUCAAAACCGGGUCCAGACAUGUUUGGUGUCACUCAUGGCGAUGAAGUGGCCUUUGUUUUUGGUCUACCAUUUCUUUAUCCCCAGAAAACCGAUACAGAAGUAGACAAACAGUUUAGUCGGGAUGUCAUGAAAAUGUGGACCGAUUUCGCUAAAUAUGGCAUUGAAUACACGGUUUGUAUUGAAGUGAACACAACCUCUGGUGUAGUGAAAGGUCUGACUAUCGAUGUGUUGAACACAAGUGUUGACCAGUUUUUGGCCAUACCUUAUGCCGAACCCCCGGUAGGGGUACUCAGGUUUNGGUCUGACUAUCGAUAUUUUUUUGGAAAUUUAACCCACAGUGAAGACUGUUUAUUAUUAAACGUAUGGACACCACAUGUGGCCAACAAAUCAGUACCGAUGGUACCCCUAAAACCGGUCAUGUUUUGGAUACACGGAGGGGCUCUCAUAUUGGGCUCAUCUUUUCAAUGGCAAUAUAACGCCACAGCUCUGGCAACACAUGAUGUGGUGGUUGUGUCCGUCAACUAUAGGUUAGGACCGUUUGGGUUCCUAUACGGGGAUCGGGAGGACGCGCCCGGAAAUGUCGGCUUUUAUGACCAGUUAUUGGCUCUCAAAUGGGUUAGAGAAAACAUCCAUAAGUUUGGCGGAGAUAGGGAUCAGAUCACUAUAUUUGGUGAGAGCGCCGGCAGUUGGUCCGUAUCAGCACAGCUAUUGUCUCCGUUAUCCAAAGGCCUAUUCAAGAGGGCUAUACUGGAGAGCGGCGCCCAUAUGUUCAAUAAGGACAGGGAUGUGAAGUCCGCGCCUGAAGCCUUGGCUGAGGCCAAACAAUUGGCCGUACAUUUGAAUUGUAGUCAAACACCAAUUGAAUGGUUAGAGUGUUUGAGACAAUUAGACGCCGAAGAGCUCAAUGUAGCCGCACUCGGCGCGGGCGCCACUGUUGCCACUCUCGGCACUAAAUACCUCCCGUUGUCCGCACACCAGGCCUUUCAAACUAAGCAGUUUAACAAAGAUCUAGAACUGUUGGCCGGUGUGUCCCAACACGAGGGCACAUUUUUAUUAGCGAUGAAUAUUCCGGAUAUUCCCAAAAAUUUAACCGUAAAGGAGUUUCAUCAUUUUGCGCAGGCAUUUGACUCAAUCUUUCAUAACCUAAACGCCGACAAUAUUACCACGUUUUACAUGUCGUCCAUCAAUACGUCGGAUCCCGAAGCAGUCAAAUGGCAAUUGAAUGACCUCUUCGGCGAUUUAUUGAUUACAUGUCCGACACAUCAGUUUGCCGUCAAUUAUGGCCAACAGUCGGCCGAAAGUAAUGUAUAUUUCUAUGAAUUGACAUAUCAUAGGACGCCAUCAAAACCGGGUCCAGACAUGUUUGGUGUCACUCACGGCGACGAAAUGCCGUUUGUUUUCGGUCUACCAUUUCUUUAUCCCCAGAAAACCGAUACAGAAAUAGACAAACAGUUUAGUCGGGAUGUGAUGCAAAUGUGGACCGAUUUUGCUAAAUAUGGGUAA